AUGGCUUGCGAUGGACAGUAUGACAACAGUGAGUGGCCUGACCUCCCAACGUGGCCUCCAGCAUUUGAUGAGUCACUACUGCCGUAUCAUCAGAGUGACACUCCAAGCCUACAGUGCGGCUACCAAGAGCCUCCUCCAGCAGCUAUGAGUUCCCUCAGUCCCGGCGCUCACAUUCUCCUGUCAGUAGGCUACUCCUCCACCAUUGGUCCAGCUAAGAGACAUACAGUACCUACCUGUCAGCUCCUAGAUACUCCCAGUAUGGAGUACCAGCCCGUUGACGGUGCCAGGGUGUGUCUACCCGUCCCUGCCAUUGGUUUUCAGUUUGCCCUCUGCAUGGGUAUCCAGCCUGUUCCUGACAAGGUGUUUCAGUCUGCCGCCACGAAGGACCCAUCAGUCAACAGAAGCCUGCAGCCAGCCACUGUUCCAGAGUUGCCACCCGCUCCUGCUACAGAGCCGAAGUUAAUCAACGAGGUGGACUCUUCAGCUGCUCCGGCUACAGAGCAUCAGCCAGUAGCAGCCACCGUGGUGAUCCAGACCAACAUGGUGCUACAGCCCUCUCCGGCCACAGGGGCUCUGCCUACUCCUGUCCUGGAGCCCAGACCAGCUACCACAGAUGGGGCCCAGUCUGCCCCUUCCCCAGGGUUACUGCUUCCCUCAAGAGCUCAGCCUACCCCUGUCAAAUCAGACUCACUGUCUGCCGGGCAUGAGGAGCAGCCUUCUCCACCCACAAGGGCCCAGCCUGCUUCCGUCAUAGUAGACCCGCUGCCUCCUACCCAGGCAGCCCAGCUGGACCUGAAGGUACAACCUGGCCCUGUCUUCAGAUCACCAGCUCCCGCAACAGAGAGCCAUCGUGUUGCAGCCACAGGCCCACAGACCGCUGUUGAUGCAGAUCAUCAGCCAGCAUCCCCCUGGUUGCCACCAGCUGCAGCCCAGGGAUCCUCAGCCCCUGUCACAGUAUCUCUGGCACCAGCUGCAGCCCAGGGGCCACCACCUGGCUUUACACUAAGUGUCAUCCCUGUUUCAGUUAGGGGGGCUUCACCAGAAGCCAACGACAAGCCCCCACCAGCUCCUGAUGAGGAGCCCAUCCCUGCCUGUGAGGUCCACCCUGGCUCAGUCGGGGAGCCCCAAUCUGCCAGUCGUCGAGAACCCUCUGUAGCUCUAGCCCAGGGUCCACAGUCACACCCUGCCUGGGGAGCUCUGCUGCCUUCUCUGGAGAACACGUCUGUCCCUGCUGUGAGACCUCAGCUCAGCCUGAUUAUCAGCUCAGAUCUGGCUCCUGACCCUCAGUUUCCCCUCGUCUGGAGGUCCCUGCCUGAUCCGGUUGGGGAGUCUCCACCAGAGCCGGAGCCCUUUACGCUAUCCACCAUAGAGCUACCACCUGGCCCUGCUCUAGGGGUCAAGCCAGCUCCUGCCAAUGGAGCCCAGAGCACUCCCUCCUUCGAGUCUCAGACUGUGUCAGCCCCAGAGACUGUUUAUUUUACAGAUACCCUGCUGGUAGCCCCAACAGCCUCUGAUAGUCAGUUGCUGGAGACCUGUUGA